CAGUGCUGUCUCCCAGUUUUUCUAGUUUCUACCUAAAAGCAAGGCCUGGAUGAAAGUUAAUAGGUCCUAAACCAGUUUGUGGAACACGACAGAAUAGAACAGUGAAGUCAAUGUCAGCAAGAAUAGUCAAUGGAAUUGUCUCUGCAGAUGCUGGGGACUGGCCCUGGCAAGCUAGCUUACAGCUGAAUAACAUCCACCGUUGUGGUGCAACACUGAUUAGUAAUGUAUGGCUCCUGUCUGCAGCUCAUUGCUUUAAAGAUGUAAAAUACCCACACAAAUGGACAGCUACCUUUGGACCUCUUUUAAGACCACCAAGCAUAACACGAUUCAUCAAGAAGAUUAUUAUUCAUGAGAAGUACCGUUAUCCAGGCCUUGACUAUGAUAUUGCCCUUCUGAAACUCUCUAAACAGGUUGAGAUUACAAGCACUGUACAUCAUGUUUGCCUGCCGGACCCAUACCAGGUUUUUCCAUAUAACACUUAUGCAGUUGUCACAGGAUGGGGAGCACUUAGCAAUGACGGCCCAAGCCCUAAUGCUCUUCAGGAAGCAACAAUAAAACUCAUAGACCCACAAAUUUGCAACAGAAAAGAAGUGUACAAUGGUGUCAUUACACCGAGGAUGUUGUGUGCAGGAUACUUGGAAGGAGGAGUAGAUGCCUGUCAGGGUGACUCUGGUGGGCCACUGGUUACUCCAGAUUCUAGAUCCAUGUGGUACCUUGUGGGAAUUGUGAGUUGGGGAGAUGAAUGUGCCAAGCCCAAUAAGCCUGGGGUCUACACACGUGUGACUUACUUCCGAACCUGGAUUACCUCAAAAACUGGCAUCUAGCACAAACCUCAAAGUGGAUAUAACUUCUCAGGCUCUAUGCAGGUCAUACUAGUAUAUAACUCCAAGGUGUUAUUGAAUGUAUCUAUCCCUGCACAGUUUUGGUCAGUUCCUGUCCAAAGCAAGCACUAGCUUCAUUGUUGGAGAUGUGACAAUCAAUCCCUCACAUAUUUACUUUAAUGUGUGAGAUCACCUUCCUCAUCUCUGAGCUCUGAAUGGUUCUGACACAGAAAAGGAGACUAAUGGACUCAAUCGAACUAACCUAAAAGAGCAAAAAGUUGUAUUUAUUUUUAGCAGUUUAAAAGUAUAUCUACUCUUUUUUCCCCAGGAACAGGGAGUUACUCUGCAGCCUGUCAAAGGUUUGGGGAUACCCACAGCUCUUCUACCCAAUUCCUCUGCUGAGGGCAUAUCUUAGC